AUGACCGUGAAGAGGGAGACCGAAAGUAUAUUGGCUAUCGCCGAUGAGGUAAUAGCGUCCAUAGAAGGCUACCCAAGGAAGGAUAAGUUGCAACAACCCAGCAUAGAGGGGAAACCCGUGGUGGCCCCGCCAAGCUCGUUUUCCAAAUCUAUCCAAACAGAGUCAAAAAUCUUCAGUAAAGGUGUGCAACAUUCCAUAUAUCUGAAAGAUGUUGGGAUCCAGUGCGCUCAACAACCUACAAACCGUGAUACGCAGACGGAAUGUUUCACAUUUUCUUCAUCCACGCAGACUGAACCUGACACGACGCUAGUAUCGGUUAGACGGGGCAUAAAAGAUGUGACGAAAAAUUUCGCAGAGAAAUCAGAGUAUAUGGAAAGAUUGCUAGAAUGUUUGGCAGUUCGCUUGGACCGCUGCCGUACCAACGUUCACAAGGUUGCAACACAGUUGGCGGAUCUCGCAGCGUCACGAAGAAUCCUGGAGCAAGGACUCAACGAUAUUCGGGUCGGUAAUUCGAUUACUCGGUUAAUUCAACAGGAGACGGAGGUUCGUAACUUCCUAUGGGAUGAGGAACAUGUUUCACGCAAUGAAGUGGUCAUGCUGGCACUUAGCGAGAUGCGUGGAUAUUACGUGAAGCAUACAUCGCCACUUUUAGAGAACCGGUGUGAGUGUGUGCCUAAUACCGAUGAUCCUUCCUUAGUUCAGAAAUGCGUGUCAGGGGCAACUACCCUUCCUACCAGUGACUGUACUGAUGUUGAUGAAUAUCUCCAGUACAACCCCGUGUCCAAUCUAGUCAGCGAGCAAGGUGAAUAUUUCAAAGAUAUGGAAAUGCUGUUGUCGGAGUGUCUAGCUGUUUUGGGUAAGGAGAACAUAGCGCAUUUGUCGUCCGCAUGUCUUUGA